AUGAACCCAGGCGUGGUUAAUCUUCGAGCCACUGAUGUGAAGCUUAUGCGCCAGCUACUCAUCAUCAAUGAAAGUAUUGAAUCAAUCAAAUGGAUGAUUGAAGAGAAGGCCAUUGCCAGCAGAGGUAGCAGUUUGAGUGGCAGCCUCUGCAGCUUGCUGGAAAGUCAGGAGGCAUCCCUCCAUGGCAGCUGUAACAGUUUACAAGACUGUAGUGAUGGACUGGAUGGAAUAUCAGUGGGGAGUUAUCUGGACACCUUAGCGGAUGAUGUCCCUGGUCACCAAACCCCUUCAGAUAUGGACCAGUUCAGUGAUUCUUCUAUUAUGGAUGACUCACAGCCCCUGCAUAAGCAUCCCAAAAUUGAGUCUGAUGAGUACUACUGUUUUGGUUAA